AUGCCCUCAUCCAGGACAUAUUGGUUCCACAGGGUAGCUGCAACUGGGAGUGUGCUUCAUUUAUACUCUGAUUUUCAGCCGGGUGCGUCGCCUUUUUUCGUCAUGGAUAUGCCGUCGGUAAUAGCUCGUGUCGACGAUUGGCAAUACCAUCUGCCGCGUGUCCAGGCCUACUAUGCACUUCGCUGCAAUGCUGAUCCUGUACUGGCGAGAAUGCUCGCCGAUUGUGCACGGCUUGGAUUUGCUGUAUCAGAUGCGCAAGAGCUAGCCGUGGCUCUUGAACUUGUUUCGGCUGAUCGAAUCGUCAUGGACUGUCCACUGUGGACCCGCAAAGCAAUGCGAAUUGCUGGUGAAUGUGAAGUCGGAACUAUCGUGAUUGAGAAUGAGAAGCAACUCAUGGAUGCCAUCAGCUACGCACCACACGCUCGUAUACUGCUGGCUAUCUCACUGAAUGAAUGUCGCGGUGAAAGCGACUCGCUCAUGGCUCACAAAGGAGCGCAUGUCGAUGAAAUUGAAGGUCUGCUAAUGACGGCAUUCGAACUUCGCGCAAAAGUAGUAGGAAUCAGGUAA